AUGGCAGGCGAGAAAACCCAACAACCAGAGAUUCCAGGUGAGCCAACUCACUUGGGCACAUCCCUCGUCGAGACGGCCACUGCUACCAUUCAAGGCUUCGGUCCUAUCAACAAUAUCCACCAACAUCUCUGCGCAUUUCAUUUCUACGCUUAUGACAUGACCCGACAAGUCGAAGCUCACCACUUCUGUGGGCAUCAAAACGAAGAAAUGAGGCAGUGUCUGAUAUACAAUAGCCCAGAAGCCGAUGCUCGGCUUAUUGGGAUUGAGUACAUUAUAUCUGAGAACUUGUUCUUGACCCUGCCAGAUGAAGAGAAGCCCCUGUGGCACUCCCAUGAGUAUGAAGUUAAGAGUGGUGUCUUGUUCAUGCCUGGCGUUCCGGGGCCGAUACAGCGGAAGGAGCUUGAGAAGAUAGCGCAGACGUAUGGUAAGACGUUCCAUUUCUGGCAGGUUGACAAAGGUGAUAGCCUCCCUCUUGGGCUUCCCAAGGUGAUGUUUGCCCUCACAAGGGAUGGCCAGCUUGAUGAGAACCUUGCCCGGGAACCAAAUGACAAAACACCCUCAGCCUUUGAGUUUAUCAAACACUUGAAGGGUUCUCGCAAUGGUGACAAGGUAGAUGGGCUCCAUAAACUCAGAAAUUAUCUCGAAAAUUUUGGUUAUCUAAGCUUAUCCUAUUCUAAAUUGAAUCAAACCUAUGUCAAAAGUGAUGUUUUUGAUGAUCUCUUAGAGUUUGCCAUCAAAACCUACCAGCUCUAUUAUAAUCUCAAAGUUACGGGAGUGUUAGAUGAUAACACCGUGUCAAUGAUGACUCUGCCUCGAUGUGGCUUACCAGAUAUCAUCAAUGGUACUACUGGAAUGAGAUCGGGCAACAAAAUACAACACCAUCAUGGCUCAAACUUGUUCCAAAUAGUCUCUCAUUAUAGUUUCUUCGCAGGUAGACCUAGAUGGCCACGAUAUAAGAUUAAAAAACUCACUUAUGCCUUUCUCCCGGGGACUCGUCGGGCCUCCUUUGGCCCGGUUAGUCGGGCUUUUAACAAAUGGGCUUCUGUAUCAAAAUUCAGGUUUGUCCAAAUUGGAGGCUACAAAAAUGCUGAUUUAAGGAUUGCUUUUUAUAGUGGAUACCAUGGAGAUGCUGACCCGUUUGAUGGUCCGGGUGGAAUCUUGGCCCAUGCUUUUGCACCAACUGAUGGGAGGCUUCACUUUGAUGCUGAUGAGAGGUGGUCCGAUGGACCGGUUCUCGGAUCAUACAACUUAGAGGCUGUGGCUCUACAUGAAAUUGGUCACCUUUUGGGACUUGGGCAUAGCUCAGUUAUGGAAGCUAUCAUGUUUCCAUCCAUUCAACCGGGUGUGAGCAAAAGCUUGGCUUCAGAUGAUAUUAGAGGGCUCAAGGCUUUAUAUUCAUGA